AUGUUGUGCCCCCUAUUCUUCGUAGUCGCCCGUGUCGUCGGUUCAGAUGGCUCCCUAGAAAAGUGGAAACAAAGACUCGUCGCCCUCUGCGCCGUCUCCGCGACCGAACCCCUAGGAAACAGCUACUACUGGGGCCACGACCUUUCCAACGCCGAACCAGACACCCUCUGGGGCCUCGAAGGCUACACCCACCCGGCGGGCUUCUUCCUCGGCCACACCUCCACCGACGUCUUCAAGCGCGAGAUGCGCCUCGCGGACGAGGAUAAGCUCCUCAAGACCGUCCAAGGGGUUGGUAGCCCGGACUACGAUCUGCAUCACUAUGAUUUCGCGGGCGGCUGGUUGAAGCGAGAUGAUGACCCCGGUAGGGACUCCCAUGAGAGCGCGGUUGCUGUUGUGCACUUUUGGGCGUCGAAGGGGAGGAGGGAGGAAGUCAUGAGGGGGUUGAAGGGGUUUGCCGGGGAGCAGAGGGAGAGGGGGGUUGGGGAGGGGGAGUUGCAGAGUUGUGCUGUGUUGGAGGAGGUUAUGGAUAGGAGUUUGGCGACGUUGUGGUUACGGGCAAAGAACACGGAACACCUCCAGUCGCAGCUAGAAGGGAAGGAAUACCAGGCGUUGCUCACGGCUUUGCAGCCGUUAACUGCCAGGACGGAGACGCACCUGUCGCAGAUCUUCAAUGGACACAUUGAUCAACGGCCCAAAGAAAGCGGUGUAUAG